CACCCCUGCCCGCAGUCCGCCGCGCGCCGUCGCGCUUACUAUACGUGGGGGUAUUGUCGCUCUCGCCGAUUCCACACACCGCAUUAAUUUAGAACUGACCUGUGAACAAAUACAACCGUGAUUAAACGUUCUGUGCCGCAUAACAGUGAACUGAACUCGUGUGUCUUGUGUGUACAAAAAAAAAAUACGUUGCAACAUAAUCUCUCCUAAACAUCUACGGCUAUCUUUGCGUAGGAGGCAUUCAAGAGAUUAACAGAAAAGGGUAACACAUAAUGAACAGUAGGGACGUUCAGUGAAGUGAAGUGUUACAUAGUGACGGUUCAGUGAUGUGAUGCCACCAUGCCGUCGGACAGCGGUACAACGUGGUCACCACCGGCGCCCAGCGAACGGAGGCUUAGCAAUUCGUCUGAUGGCAGCGCAGGUAGCGGCUAUUCUAAAGCGACAACAGACAGUGCGGACUUUCUCGCGACGCGGCCGCACACAGCCGCUGUAAUACCGGGGAAGCCGGCAGCGAACCCGCUACAGUUCAUUAAAGUCGGUCCAGCAGACCUCGGCACGAGGGCAAGGGAACAGCUAAGACGAGCGGAACUCGCGAAGAGGACAGAGCCUGCUCGUAUCGAAAGGCAGGAGGACUGGCAGUCGAACUUGGACAACUGGAAGUCAUCGCGACGGAAGCGCGUCGAGCAUAUCAUAGAGCGGUGCGUGGAGGUGCGACGCUUCGAAAACGAAACGCACCAGCCGAGAGGCAAAUCUAAGACAUUUAACGAGAUGCUGGAAGAACGAGCUGGCCGGAGAAGGAGAAAUCCACUAGCAUUAUAUACAGAAGAUGAUGGCAAUGACCUGAGCGACUUGGGAAUCGGCACUUCUAGCACCAAGAGUAGCCUCAGCGAGGACUGCGAUACGCACAGCUUAGCCAGUGACGGUAUGGAUCUUGAAAAAAAUCAUUCAGAUAUGGAAAAUAUAUCCAAUUGUGAUAACAAUCGCAAACUGGGCUCCAGUGCCAACGAAUACGACACUUGUACGACAACGACCAUCAGUUCUCCCGAGCCCGAGGAGUACACGUACGAAGGCGCUAUAGAGGGAUAUAAGUCGAGAAUAAUUUCACAAGCAAAUAGCAACAUUGCCAAAACAGCUGUUAAUAAUAAUUUAAAAGAAAAAUCACCAGAUAAAUCAAACGGUGACAUCAACAGAAUCAGAACGUCAAUAAGCAACAAAAUUGAAGAAAAAAUGUCUUCUUUUCAGCAAGAGAGAGCAAACGAUCUUAAGAAUAACAACAAGAAGGAUUUACCUAAAGUGAACAUACAUCAACGAAGAGAACAGUUUGAACGAGAAAAUUCUCAAGAACCACAAAUAACAAAACCAAAAUUACCUGAUAUGGCAAAUAAGAAGUCGAUAAAAGAAAGGCUAUCGAGCUUAGAAAAGUUUAAUGAAGAAAUGCAAAUUCAGAAGUCAACAAGUGAUUUAAGUAAGUUACCUGUCGAAGUAAAACCACUAAAGGACAGGUUGUCUUCACUUGAAAAAGUAAAAUCUACGCCCGUAGACCUAGACAAAACAAAAAGAAUGUCUAAUGGUGACCUCAGCAAUACCCGGUCGCUUAAAGAACGUUUAUCAAGUCUUAAAUCACAAACGUCGGAAGAGGAAAUCAAAGUGACAAAAACUGAAGUGAAAGAAGUCUCUAUGAGCCUUAAAGAACGUCUGUCAUGUCUUGAUGCAGCAAAAAAUAAGGAAAUACCAAAAAUAGCAAUCGAAGAAGCAAUUAAUAAUAAAAUAAAAGAAGAUCGUGAUAACAAUGACCAUAAAGAAAAUUUGUCUGACAGUUCGCUCAAAAUGAGCUUAUCGGGAAUUGAAAAUCAAAUGCAAAGUUUCUGUCGCUCCCUCGAUAGCUUAGACAUAAAUGGUCAAUCUUCUCCUAAUUCAUUCGAGAGAGUUCAGAGUCUUGAAGAUUUUGAUUGCGCUGAAAUGCAAAAUAACACUGUUCAGAGUGACAUAGAAACUGAAGAUAGUGGUAUCCAUACCGCUAGAGACUCUUGUGCACCAGCAGACGAUAUUGCUGAUUUGACUCAAGUAGCUUCUCCUAUUGGAGAACCUAUGGCUGAAGUAUCUGAAUAUGACUCUUCAAACGAAGAUGGUGCCAUGACUCUAAUGCCUACUAAGAUUGAAGAACCCAUGGAAAUAAACUUUGAAGCUAAUCAAAGAACAAUAGAAGAUAUUAGCAUCCAAGAAAUGGAUGAACAAGAGAGUAAGGCUGACAGUGAUAGUGCUAGUAAUUACGUUCAAGCAGUUUCUCAGCCAGAAGACUUUAGUGUCACUGAUGAAGUGACAGAAAUUCAGAUGGACAAAGAAGAUGAAGACACAUUGAAGAGUUUGGAUAACCAAGAUUCCAGUGUAAGUCUCAAUGAACCCCUGUCAACUACAUCGGAAGGCGACACGGUUGUAUUUGAGGGGAAGAUGACUAUUCAUUUGAACUUGAAUGAAAUUUGCAACAAUCUAAGCACUGGUGCUGGGAACAGUUCUAAUACUAAAAAAAUAUAUUCCAAUGACUCUACUAACAACAAAAGCAUGCCAAUGGUCAUUGACGCUUUAGAACUAGCGUUCCAAGAAUUGGAUUCGGAGGAAAGUGUCAACGUUACAAUGGAUGAUAACAAAUAUAACGGAGACUACGCAGAGGGAAAUGUUGAUAAAGUUGAUAAUUUACUUGAUUUUGAUAUCGAGAAGAAAGUGUCUGUGACACCGUUGUAUGAAAAUAUUGAUAUAUUUAAUCAAAAUGGUAUUGUUGAUGUUGGAGCGUUCCCACUAGAUCUGCCCACAAAUGCUUUAGAACCACCAAAAGAAAAGCCUCCUCCGCCACCAAUGGAUGAUAGUCCUGAAGAUGAACUGCUUGGAAAUGGCAAUUUCAAACAUACAAGCUCAGCACGUCGUAUCAAGAAAGAGAUCCGAAACAAACGCACUAGUUUCCUAGGAAUUGAGGGACAAGUAGACGAUAGCUACUUGGACGUCGAUCUGAAACUAGCUCCGCGACCUGACAUCACCUCGUUUCUACAAGAGGAGACCAAGAUCGAGAAACUUCUCUACAAAAAGACGUUAUCCCAUGAUAUGGACGCCAAGCUAAGAGACAGUCGAGAUUCAGGAGUGGAUAUAGAUAGAGGUCCGUCAGCUGAAGCCUGGUACAAAGGACAAUCUUCCCCAGAAACAUCUAACCCUCACAGUAGACAGAAUAGCGAGCCUUACACUCAAAUAACGGUAACGUCAGACGAAGAAGAAGCCACCAAAAGAAAUUCUGAAGUGUUCUCGAAAGCUCUAACAACGAAACUGACAGGCUUGACUGAGAACGGUGAAUCGAAUGAGAACAAAAUAGAUCAUUUGGACAAAAAAUUACAACAGCAACAGGCGGCUCAAAUGUCUCGCACUAACGAGGAUUGGCCUGACGGGCUCUUUGACGAUGCUCAUACGAAGGAGGUACUGCGAUUCGAACGAGAACUACUCCAAUUAGAACAAGAAGAGCUUAAAAGACAACGCGAGAAUCUUCUAAGAGACCAAAACAGAAUAAUACAAAAGUCCGUCCAAGACAUUUCAACGGCGGGAGUUCCAGAGAAGCCGAUCAUUCACAGAGUGAAUAAGACUAAAAAUCAGAACUACAGACACUCGAUGCCAAAUCUUUUAGUCAGCGAGAACUACGUGCCACCAGUCGUUGAGAGAAAAGUUAUCGACGAAGAGAUGAAGAGAAAACCAUUCGUGUCCGAAGAACAUAUUCAGAGCCACUUCGGCGUGGAAGAAAGUCGGAAAUUGUUGUUCAACGAUAAGACGAAGUUCGCUGAGGUUCGGAGACCAGUGCCCAAUGUGAUGAGACCUCCGCAACCAAUUCUUCCCCCAAAACCAAGGAGUCGCGAUUCUAUUGAAAGGGAAAUCACGAUGAGGAGUAGUCGAUUACCAUCCGCGGUGGAGUACGUCAAUGUUGAACGGAAUGCCGUUCAGAUGCGUCAGAAGGCUGUCAACGGUAAUGGACAGUACCACCCCAUGACCAGGCAUACGUUACAGGCUCUGAGCGCGGCUCCUACACCCAAAUUGAUCUCAAAUACAGAUUGGAUGCAAACACGCAACCAGAAGCCGAGGCAGAAACCAGCCAACUUCAACUACAACCAACAUUGGCUGAUACAGGAGGCGGAACAAAGGAGGCUCCAGGAGCAGCGCGCCCCGCGAGCCGCGCGCGCGCCCCGCGACCCGCCCCCCGCGCCCCUCUCGCACGCCAACCCGAUCAUCGGUCAACACCUCGUGCCCCAAGAGAGACGCGUGCGACCAGAGCCGAUACCCAGGGCCGGCAUGCCGCGCACCGCUGAGCCCAGAGAGGACAAAAUGCUGAGCGUCAGUGGCCGGCGGAAAUGCUCACACUGUGGAGAGGAACUCGGGCGCGGCGCGGCGAUGAUCAUCGAGUCGCUGUCGCUGUGCUACCACGUGUGGUGCUUCUCGUGCGCGGUGUGCGGCGCGGCGCUGGGCGACGGCCGCGCGGGCGCCGACGUGCGCGUGCGCGCGCGCCGCCUGCACUGCCACCACUGCUACUCCUCCGACGACGGCUCCAAGUACUCCUGCGUGUAGCCGCCGGAAGGAAAGUGAUAAAUAUAUUAUUAUAUAUUCUCAAUAUUAAUCAGUCUGUAAAAGUUACGUCAAAGUUUCCUCCUAACUUAUAUCCCUCCCCGAUACCGCACCGGAUCCCCCUCCGCACACGUGUGACGUCCCGCGUGCGCACGAGACUCGUCUCUGGCCUCAGCGCGCUCUGAGCCCAUUAUUGCACGCUUUCGUUUGCCCUCCCACCCCGAGGCCGUGUCGUAGACUCAUUCGGUACUAUAUUUUGGUCGGGCUGGAGAGAGUACUUUUUGUGCACGCAAAAUAUUUUCUCUUGAUCGAAAAUACUAAAUUUUGCGUCCUCGAGGAACUUUUUUCAGCCAUCGACUGCGACACUGUCCUUGUGAUUUUCAAUAAAUCCCCCUAACUCCUAUACCUUGUUCCUUAUUUGAAUAUUAUAUUUGCACGCCUGUUUGAAAUCAUAACCUUUAUAUUUUAACUGUAACUGAAAUUAUCACGUGGGUUUGAAUUUUAGAUGACCAAUAUCACUCGUUUGAAUCGUUAUGAGAACACAAUUUGACGUAUUUAUAUAACUUUGAUUAAUAUCAGCGGAGCUAUUCUGUAAAAUAACGUUGAUACGUAAUUUCUACGCGUUUGUACUUCAUACUUUUUAAUGAUUACUAUCAACCUGAUAUUUCACGAUAGUUUUGUUUCGAGUCCUCAUAGAAUAUCUCUACAAGUUUACGGUGUAUUUAAAGUAUUGAAUUGACAGCCUUUUCUUCUGUAGAUUUCUUUCUUAGAAUAUUAUUUUGAAUUUCACUUAUAUUGUGCCAUGCAGUGACUUCUUAAUACUUAAUCCCUUUGAUUCGUUUUUAUCUUUAAUGUUAAAGAAUAUAACAAUUGUAACUAAUGAAAAGGAACGUAUUCUAAAUACAUAGAAUUUUGUAUAAUUUUGUAAAUAAUUUUUAAUUUAUGUUAGCGUGUGUUAAUUUAGCUUUAAUAGUUAGUACAUUAGCGUUAAG